GCCGGCCGAGCCGCGUUAGUUGGCGCGCGGACGGCGACGGGCGAGGUGCGAGCGGCGCUCGUAGUGAGUCUGACGAGAGUCGCGCCACACGCAUCUUAAUGAGUGACAGUGCUAGUCAACGUAUUCCGUAAUGAAAACAUGACGACUUCCUUAAACUGAAAUUUGUGAAAAUAAGAAAGGUGUGAGAUGUGAAAAAAGGUGAGGUCAAAGGAGUCCACAAGGCAGUGCGUCGGUGCGCGGAGCAGCAUGGAUGAUCUGGACCGAAUGGCGCGCGACCGAGCCGCCUGCGACGCCAAGAACAACGAAACCGCGCCGCCGGACGGUAUUUACUGCGAGGGAACGUUCGACACAUGGCUGUGCUGGCCGCACACUCUCGCAGACACGAUAACAUAUGCGCCCUGUCCUGACUUCGUUCCCGGAUUUAGCACCGACUUAUUUGCUCAUAAAGAAUGUACUGCAAAUGGUACUUGGUGGCAACACCCGCUGUCCGGACAGCCGUGGUCGAACUAUACGACGUGUGUCAAGCCUGAGGAUGACGUCAGUGACAUCAUAGUCGUGUACGAGACGGGCUACAGCGUGUCGCUCGUGGCGCUCCUGCUGUCUUUGGGAAUACUUUCAUAUUUCAAGAGUCUGCGCUGUGCACGAAUUACCGUGCAUAUGAACCUCUUUGCAUCUUUCGCACUCAACAACGCUCUCUGGCUCAUCUGGUACAGAGUGGUCGUGCGCUCGCCGGUCACUGUGAGGGAAUCUCCGGUGUGGUGUCAAGUACUCAACGCAACUCUGCAGUACGCGCUGCUGACUAAUUACACGUGGAUGCUGUGCGAGGGGCUGUACCUGCACACCGUGCUGGUCAGCGCGUUCGUGUCAGAGAGACGCCUGGUUCGUGCGCUACUGGUGGCGGGCUGGAUGCUUCCCGUACCGUCGGCCAUCAUCAACGCUGUGCGUCGUGGCAUCGCCAAUGAACCAUUCUGCUGGGCCGAUGAUGGAGCGCCUCGUCUCGAGCUGGCUAUUCUCGUUUGCGCAGCUGUACUCCUCAAUUUAGCUUUUCUUUGCAAUAUUGUGAGAGUUCUUUGCACUAAGCUGCGGGCGGGGGGCGGAGCAGGCGUAGCGAGACCUUCAGCUACCGUACUGCAUGCUCUUCGUGCUACGUGCUUGUUGGCACCUCUCCUCGGCCUCCAAUAUUUACUGACGCCCUUCCGACCGCCUCGAACGGCCAGUUGGUGGUUGGUCUAUGAGUAUGUAUCGGCGUUGACAACCUCGCUGCAAGGGCUGUGCGUGGCCAUACUCUACUGCUUCUGCAACGGAGAGGUGCUUGCGCAACUUCGUCGUCGCUGGCGGGUGCUCACUUUUCGUCCGAGAGCGAAUUCCACAACGAAUACCACAGUUUCGUUUGUACGGUCUGCCGGCGCGGGCGCGGGCGAGGAGAAGGUGUGACUGGCGGCGACGGCGGGCGGCGGGGGCGGCG